AUGCUUGCACGGUCGGUUUUAGGUAGACUAGCGGUUUCCUCCGGUCCGCAGAUCCUCCGGUCCAUUGCAAUUGCCGGCGGUCGGUGUUGUGCCAUGCCCCUUGCUUCGGCAAUUUCCAAAACCCGGUCUUUUAGCAGCACUUCUCCUUCCUCGAUGAAAGGUUUACUAUACUAUGGAAGCAAGAACGUGAAGUACUCGGAGGAUGCCCCGGAGCCACAGAUCCAGGAUGACAACCAGGUGAAGAUCAAGGUGGCGUACUGCGGAAUUUGUGGUACGGAUCUUCACGAAUAUCUAGACGGACCGAUUUUCUUCCCUAAAGAAGGCAAAAAGGACAAGAUUUCGGGCUUCAAAUUGCCACUAGUGGAGGGCCACGAGCUCUCCGGAACAGUUGUGCAGGUGGGCAAGAACGUGAAGGGCAUAAAGGUUGGGGAUAAGGCUGUGGUGGAGGCCUCAGGCCACUGUUCCGACAGAAAGUACUACAAGGACACCGUGGAGCAAAACAAGCCCCUUUGUGGAGCAUGCAAGAAGGGCAUGCCCAACAUCUGCAGGGACUUGAGCUUUCUUGGCUUGGGAACCGCCUCCGGCGGCUUUGGUGAGUAUAUUGUCUACGGAGCAGACCAUGUUGUCAAAGUUCCUGAAUCCAUUCCUUUGGAUAUCGCUGCACUUGUUGAGCCUAUUUCUGUCGCUUGGCACGCUGUCGAGAGGGCAAACUUCAAGAAGGGCCAGACUGCUUUGGUUUUGGGAGGUGGUCCGAUCGGUUUGGCCACAAUUCUUGCCCUCAAAGGUCACGAGGCCGGAAAAAUCGUCUGUUCCGAGCCUGCACUUCUCAGAAGAGAGUUUGCCGAGAAGUUGGGUGCAGAGGUGUUCAACCCAAUGGACCACAAGGACGCAAUUGGCGACUUGAAGGCACUUGUGCCGGAAACGGAAGGUUUUGAUGCCUCGUUUGACUGCUCAGGCAUUCCUGUCACAUUUAGUACUUCAAUUUCUGCUUUGGGUGCCGGCGGAACUGCCGUUAACGUUGCAAUCUGGGCCGACAAGCCAAUCAAGUACAUGCCAAUGUGUCUCAGCUACGAGGAGAAGUUUGCAACCGGCUCCAUGGGUUACAUAGUUAAGGAUUUCGAGGAGGUUAUAAAGGCUCUUGAGACUGGUCGCAUUCCAUUGGAUGCUGCCAAGAUGAUGAUAACCGGUAAGGUUGCCUUGAAAGACACUGUUUCCGUCGGAUACAAGAACUUGAUCGAGCACAAGGAGAAGAACGUCAAGAUUCUUGUUUCUCCAUCCGCUUGA